CCACUGCCCUCAGUUUAGCGACCGGACUCGAAACUGGGCGCUAGUUGUGGGUUAGAGCGUCAGAGAGCAGCGCACGUCACUGAGUCGUUUCUCUUCGAAGCCCUCUGCAGUAGAAGGUGCUCCCCGCGGCGGAUUUAUCUACGCUCUCAGUUCUCUUCCGGGCUUCCGAACGUUAGCCGGGGCUCGCCCGCGUCACCCCGGCGCCAGCCCGGGGAAAGGGAGGCAGGAUGGAGUUCAAGCUGGAGGCUCACCGCAUUGUCAGCAUCUCCCUCGGCAAGAUCUACAACUCCCGAGUCCAGCGUGGCGGCAUCAAGCUGCACAAGAACCUCCUGGUCUCGCUGGUGCUGCGCAGCGCCCGCCAGGUCUACCUGAGUGACCCGUGCCCCGGCCUCUACCUGGCGGGUACUGCGGGGACCCCGAUGCCGCAGCCCGGGGAACCGGCGGCCCAGCCACCUGCGGGCUGGGGAGAGGCGCCCCCGCCGCCCGCCCGCGCCGCCUGGCCGGACACCGAGCCACAGCCGGAGCGCCCCGCGGCCACCGACGCGCCGCAGGCGGGGCACCCUGAGCCCGCUGCCACAGUGACCGGAGCCGGAGACUGUCUUCGGCGCCGAGAGGAGGACACGGCGGAAGCUGCCUGGGGCCGCGUGGUGGGACCACGCGUUGCGGCGCCGGUGGGUGUCUCGGACGUAUCCCCUGAGGGGCCUUCGGCAGGCUGUCCCCCGGCCCGGGAGGGCCAGCGCGGCCGGAUCCCCCGUGUCGACGGUCGCUGCGUGCCACAGCCCGCCGAGGAGGAGCCCUCCGCGCCGCCCGCCCUGUGCCCCAGGAAGCGCGGCGCGGCGGGGGCGGGCAGGGGCCACGCGGGCUGCGCAGCGCCCUGCUCGACCCCGCUGAAGAAGCCACGCCGGGACGGAGGAGAGGAGGACGGGGAGGAGGAGAUGGAGACCGGGAACGUGGCGAACCUCAUCAACAUCUUCGGUUCCAGCUUCUCCGGACUCUUGCGGAAAAGCCCUGCGGGCGGCCGGGAAGAGGAGGAGGGAGAGGAGAGCGGCCCGGAAGCCGCUGAGCCCGGGCAGAUCUGCUGCGAUAAGCCGGUGCUGAGAGACAUUAACCCUUGGAGCACAGCCAUCGUGGCCUUCUGAGGCCCGGCCCCGUGCGGACGGAGGUUGAGCCGCGGGCGUCCCCAGAGUGAGGGCUGGGCUGCUCCCGCUGCGAGGACGCCCCCGAGACAGAGACCGCUAGCGCCGUGCGCGUUGGGGAGAUCGGUUGCUGCCGGGCAGCAUCCACUGGCCCCGAGCUGGGCAGCCCCGCUAUGCUCUCUGGCUCUCGAGUCUCCGCUUGAGACCUCAGUUGGGGGCUCACAGAAAAGAGAACGAUCGUUAACUUUUGUGUUUGUGUGUGUGUCUGUGUUUCUGUAGUUUGUCCUGUUGAAUUGAGACUUGUUUCGUUCUUCUGGAAUGCACCACCCUUUCCCCGAGCUUAAGACGUCGGGGGCAGACAGGGACUUUCCUUCGCCGGCCGCGCAGAAAAGGAAGCGGCAGAAAGGUUGGAGGCCGGGGAGUUCCCCUUUCGUUCUUCGGGGAGGGAGGGACUUUACACACACCCCUCAAAUGAAAGCUAGAGCCCUGCCGGGCCUGUGGCGUUUCCUCCCAGGAUUUCCUCAGACUCGGGGGAUUUAGUCUGCAAUAGAGACUUGAAUUUCUCUCUCUCUCCAUCGUUCUCUAGCACAGAAGAAACGUUUAUGCCCUAUGAUUACUCUGGGAAAGGGGAGUAUUAAGGGACCGUGACCUCCUUACAGGGGAAAAAGCUUGAUGAACUUCACAGAAGAGAUCAAGCUUGGAAAUAUGGAAUUUAUAGAGAAAUGUUAUAUUUUUAAAAGCUGUAGCUCAGAACUACUAAACAGUGCUUUUAAAAAGUGUUUAAUGAAACAAAGUUUACAGACAGAAGCCCUAAGUGGAAAGACCUUAUGGUUUUGUAGAUAUCGUGACCCCAGUCUUUGUUGUAUAAAGGUUGGGGGAGCUGAUAAGGUUUUGUACAGUAUUUUCUCCUUCGUUGUAUUGAUUUUUGUAUAAAAAUGUAACUUUACGUGUCCAACACGUAUUAAAUAUUUUGAAGCAA